AUGGCCACAACCCGCUGUUGGAGUGAGUUAGGUAGGUUCCCGACCCCGUGGGAAAACUGGAGGCUGAGGGAAGCAGGAUUCCUGGAGGUAGGGCAGUCCGUCUUCUGCACUGCCGUUGGCACAGCGGAGAGCAUUCUCUACCUUAUUGGAAGAUCUUCGGUCCUCGAUGACCGUUACGGUGGCGUCACAGCUGUCGCAAUAAUGGCGAAUUUAGGAAUCUAUCGGUUCCAGUUGAUGGGCUCUAAAGUACAUGGUGCCAACGGAAUCUUCAUAAAACUGGCAGUUCCAAAUGACAUUCAAAGAACGAGAUGUGGAAUAGUGAUUAAAGUGGAAUAUUCCCAAAUUUCAUCACGCCCGUUUUACCAAAUAAACAAAACUUAG